CUGUUAAAAAGAUAUCAUAUUAUCAAAAUUAAAGAUCAUAAAUACAGUUAGAAUUCUACAUUUAAAAAAACAUAAUGAAAAAAUACAUAAAUGAAGCAAUCCCACAAUUCCUUUCCUGAGCUCUGAUUGGCUGUUCGUUUUCGCGGGUCCAUCUUUGGGUCCAGUUUCAGAGCCCAGUUACUCGUUAAUAUAAACUCAAAGUUGUACGACGUUAGAAAUGGACCAGAGAACCGCUGAUCGUGUUUUGUCUGAGCUGGCUCAUCUGAGGGAAAUGUUUUCGUCCAAGAGCAAGAAGGCCCUCAAGAUGCCCGACGGAAUUCAAAGAGCUGUAAGGCAAGUCAUCAGAAAGCUGAAAGAAGAUGUAGAAAACCCCUUAGUAGUGGAUUAUGACAAGUUUGAAAACAAUGAUAUAAGGACAAUUGUGCGAGAAGUUAGGAGGAGCUACACCAACUAUGAUUGGGGAUCAGGUACCAUUGAAGAGGCAUUAAGGCGAGUAUGGAGAAACAUGCGUGAUGAAGAAAGAAGACGCGAGAAAGGGAAAAAGGAACUCCACAGACGCCAGAGUAAACAGGCAAAGCGCAUUAGAGAUAAAUUAAAGAGUACAUGCACUCAGCUGAAAAAUGAUGCCAUCUACAAGAAAAAGGACCGAAAGAAGAUAAGAAAAUGCCUAUCCAAGGAGGCCACAUCACCAGAAGUGACAGACGAAGAUGAACCAACACAGCGUGUUGCGAUUCCCUUUGUGUGGGAAUCAAGUCUUCUGCGGGCAAUCAAGUGUGAUCUGGACAGAGGAUACAGCGAUUCUCUCGGGAUUCAACAAAGGAGGCAGAAGUCUAAAGUGACCAGGAGUGCCACUGAGAUGACCAUGACCCCACCUCCAAGGAACAUUCCCGGCUGGGCAAUCUCUACAACCUAUCACCUUGAUGGCUGAACCGUAGUGAGAUCUCUAAUCUCUUCAUCAACCAAUCCCUCUGUGCCAUAAAGUCCACCUUCUUUUCAGUUUUUGUAAAUGGGAAAAAUGCCAUAGAAUUGUUAAGUACAUACAUGAUUUCCUGUCUAAUAUUUUUUUUACAAGUAAAUUCUUAUUAUUGUAGAGAAAAAAAUAAUUAAUAUUUUCAUCUUUUCAUUUGUAUAGUGCUAUGAAAUUAAGGCAUUGUUAUGCAUAUUUUGCGCUUUAAAGAUUAUAGUUUGUUAUAAUAAUAUAUUAUUUAUUUUAGAAAAAAAGGUUACCUGUAACUGGAUUAUCUUUUUAUUGAAAUAAGGGUUUUUUUUAUAGUGCUUAGAAAUGAAGCUAGUGUUUUAAUGUUUGAAAGAAAUUAUGAUAUAUGCAUUGAUGGAUUUUUUUAUCAGGCAAACGAAAGGGGGGGGGGGGGUCAGAGAAGCACAACUUCUAUAAACAGAUGCACAGACUUUUCAUACUUUUUAGAUAUUUAGGGAGCAAUGUGUUAAUGGGUAUAUUAGUUAAUACCAGUAAAUUUUGGUUCCAGUAUUUUUUAGGGUAUUUUGACCCUUGAAUUUAAUAAUUUUGUGUUGUUAAAGAUGUGCAUAAGUUUUUAUCUGAUGAUUUUUUUUUCAGUUAUACCCCUUUAUCAAAUAAUUGUGUGAUAGUACAAGUAAUGGGGUAAUGGGAGUAAGUGAUUUUUUUUUCUUCAUUUUUUCAAAAAUUAUAUUUGUUUAUGAUUUUAACACAAUUUUAGAAAAUCUUUAUCAAGGGAAUUGUUAGGUUGGCCCUGUCAUUCAUUAAAAAAAAAAACGUCUGUGUUCCAACCUUUAUAAAACUAUGCA